AUGGGAGGAGAUAAUGAGACUGUCAGCACAGAUUUUAUUCUCCUGGGGCUCUGGCCUGAGUUCACUCACCUUAUAAUCCUUAUCUGCCUCAUUCUUCUGGUCUACUUCAUCGCUGUCAUGGGUAAUGCUGUUCUCAUUCUUCUCAUCUGGCUGGAUUCUCGGCUCCACGCCCCUAUGUACUUCCUACUCAGUCAGCUCUCCCUCAUUGACUUGGCCUUGAUUUCAACCUCUGUCCCCAAAAUGGUCACAAACUUCUUCUCAGGGAAGAGAAACAUAUCACAGUUUGGCUGUGGAGUCCAGAUCUUCUUCAGUUUAACUCUGGGGAUUGCUGAGUGCCUCCUGCUAACCCUCAUGUCCUAUGACCGGUACACUGCUAUCUGUAAUCCACUGCGUUACUCAGUCAUCAUGAGCCAUACUAUCUGUAAACACAUGGUCAUUUGGUCUUGGGCAGGAGGGGCAGUAACUUCCCUGGUUCAUACAGCCUAUGCCAUGCACUUUCCAACCUGUCGUCCCCGAAAGAUUCCUCAUUUUUUGUGUGAGGUUAUGGCUCUCCUGAAACUCACUUGUGAGGACAUUUCAGCCUAUGUGAAGUCAGUAGUAGUCUCGAGCUUUCUGGUAGUCCUCAUUCCCUUGAGUCUUAUCCUGGCUUCUUACACCCUCAUCUUUCUUGCUGUCCUCCGCAUGAACUCAUCUGAGGGCAAGAGCAAAGCUCUGGCCACCUGCUCUUCCCAUCUCUGUGUGGUAAGCCUUUAUUUCGGUCCUGCCAUAUUGGUAUACAUGAGACCUGGAUCUUCUAAGACUCCCAAGCUAAACCAGUCUCUAUUCAUGUUUAAUGCCAUCCUUACCCCUAUGCUUAAUCCUCUCAUCUACAGCUUGAGAAACAAGGAUGUCAUAGCAGCUGUAAAGGGUAUAAUCAUCAGUAGAUGCCCUUUACAGAAGACAAAAUGCCACUUGGGUCAUUAUACUUGA